GUCGGCGCGCAGGCCCCGCGGUGACGUCACGGAGGCGCGACCGGGCCGGCGCUGGGGGAAGGAGCCUGCUGAGGGAUGCCCAAGAAGUUCCAGGGCGAGAACACCAAGUCGGCGGCGGCCCGGGCGCGGAGGGCGGAGGCCAAGGCGGCGGCUGAUGCCAGGAAGCAGAAGGAGCUGGAGGAUGCCUACUGGAAGGACGACGACAAACACGUCAUGAGGAAGGAGCAGCGCAAGGAGGAGAAGGAGAAGAGGCGCCUGGACCAGCUGGAGCGCAAGAAGGAGACGCAGCGCCUGCUGGAGGAGGAAGACUCCAAGCUCAAGGGAGGCAAGGCCCCCCGGGUGGCCGCUCCCAGCAAGGUCACCCGCGCCCAGAUUGAGGACACGCUGCGCCGCGACCACCAGCACAGGGAGACCCCCGACCCAGCCGAGAAGGCCAGGAGCCACCUGGAGGUGCCGCUGGAGGAGAACGUGAACCGCCGCGUGCUGGAGGAGGGCAGCGUGGAGGCGCGCACCGUCGAGGACGCCAUCGCCGUGCUCAGCGUGGCGGAGGAGGCUGCAGACCGGCACCCGGAGCGGCGCAUGCGGGCGGCCUUCACCGCCUUCGAGGAGGCCCAGCUGCCGCGGCUCAAGCAGGAGAACCCCAACAUGCGGCUGUCGCAGCUUAAGCAGCUGCUCAAGAAAGAGUGGCUGCGCUCUCCCGACAACCCCAUGAACCAGCGGACCGUGCCCUUCAAUGCCCCCAAGUGAGCCCGGGACUGGGGGAGCCAUCCACGGGCAGUCCGGUCGCUACUCCGCUCGCCCCCGCGCCGGGUCCGCUCCGAGGAGCACGGAGAGGUCCGGGGGCCCAGGCUCUUGCCCCCGCUUGUCCUCAGGGCUACGCGCCGUCACCAGCCACCCCUCCUCGCGCGGGGGGUCCCCGCUCUGAGUGACACCCCUAUUCCACCACCCCCACCCCAGCGCGUGCGUGUAGAGCCCCGGGGCUGAGCACCCAAUAAAGGCGGUCGGCAAGGCUGCGGUGAGGC